AGAGAAAAUAAUAAUUUUGGAUUUUUCGGGGUCUGGCAUGCAAAUCGAGGUCGAACAAAAUAUAGUAUCAACAACCGCCAUUGUGGAAAGCAAGGAUCUUGAUGAGAUAAAGGUCUAAGAACUUAUCGGCUCUCUUCGAACAUAUGAACUCACUCUUCCAUCUCAAAGGAAAAGGAAAUCCCUUGCUCUUAAGAUGAUUAAUGAGAGAAUUAAAGCUCAAGAUUCCUUGGAAGAAGAUGAUGUUGAAAAAGAGGUGGCAUUCCUUGCAAAGAACUUUUGCAAAUUCUUGAAGUUCAAAAAGGAUGGGAAGUCAUUUGAGAAAGGAAAAUUCUCCAAUUUCAAGAAAGACAAGAAGGACUUCAAAAGGAAGGAUUCCAAAGACUCUUCUCAUUCUCAAGGAAUCACUUGUUAUGAGUGAAACAGGCAUGAUCAUUUGAAGAAAGAAUACCCUACCUAUUUGAAGGGAAAGGGUAGAGCUCUUGCUACAACCCUUAGUGAUUUAGAUAGCUCAAACUCUGAUUCUAAAGAAAGCUGUGAUAGGGAAGGAAACUACUCCGCUUUCAUGGCCAUUGCACCCAUAGAUUUUUCGGAAGAUUUAAGUGCUCUAAAGGAAGAGCUUGGUGAGCAUACUGAAGUGGAAUCUAUUGGUGUUGGAGAUGAAUCUAAUGAUGAUGAAGAAGAGUGCGUUUAUGAAGGAACAGAUAGAUUGCAAGAAUCCUACAAUGCACUUCUUGUAAAGAGUGGAGAAUAUGCAGGAGUAGUGAAGGUAGAUAUUAGAAACAGGAAGAAAGCCAAAGAAGACUAUAAAAGUAUCCUCACGCAGUACAAAGAGACCACGUGUGAAGUUGAAGGGUUAAAUGAAGAACUAAACAAUGCCUAUUCCAAGAUAAAGUUUCUUGAGCUUGAGAUUGUUCAAGCAAAUGCCAAAGUGGAGCGUGUUACUUCCAAGAAACUAGAUGAAGUGCUUGCCUAUACUUGAUGAAGUGCUUGCCUAUCAAAAGCCCUCUUUGGAUAGAAAUGGCUUAAGGUAUAUCGGAGAAGGUAGCUCAAACUUUAAAGUGUCAAAGGAAAUUAAGUUUUUCAAGGCUAAAAAAGCAUCAACUCCUCUUGUUAACAAUGUAAAAUCUGAAAAGAAGCCAAAUGUGGUGAAUCAAAUGGUUUUGACAAAGUCUCCCAAGCCAAUUGUGGCUAAGCCCAAAGCAAGAGGAAAGUCUCUUCCUAAGAGACAAAGAGGUCCACAAAUGCAACACUAUUGCCAUCAUUGUGGAAUCCUAGGGCACACUAGACCAAACUAUUACAAGCUCCAAGCAUUGAAGAAUGCAGAUCUUCAAAAGCCAAGAAGACAAGGAAAAGGCAAUGGGAAACCCAAGCAACCAAAAGGGCAAGAAGGAGAACCCGUUAUGAGUGAUGUGUUGAAGAUGAUUGACACCAUCACCUCAUGUUUGGCCAACUUCACCUUAAGGUUGGAGAAUCAUGACUCAAGUACCCAAUCCUCAAAGGAUAUCACCCCAAACACAUGUGACGUGUGGGUGAAGAAAGAUGUCUCCUUUUAGAAAGUCAGCAGUGAAAGGAAGCAGCAACAAAGGGAAGGAACCAAUCAUUGACCUCACUAGUUUCUCCCUUAAGUCAAAGAAAACUCGAUCUUCAACUGGAGUUUUCAAUGACACCCGAUUCAUAUCCUAUACCGCAUUUCAAGCGUAUUCAAGCUACAUCAAAAGUGCCCCCAUGGUAAUUGAACGGGUUGUUAAGCAAGCUACUCUUCUAGAUACAAACAUUCCUAAAUGGCUCGCUUCUAAGGAUUGGAACUACCUUCUAUCGAAUUUUGAUGAUCCUUAUGAAGAGCUUGUGAAAGAGUUUUAUGCGAAUACCCUCUUUGAUGGGGAAGAGCUAAGAUGUUGGGGGAGAGUAAAGGACUUUACUAUAAUUCCUUCAUAUCUUGCUCUCAUUCUGAACAUCAACCGACCAAUGUUUACAAAACCACUGGUGUAUGAUGAGAUGGAACCGGAUCUUGAAAUUUUUCUCGAUGAUUUCGGAGAAAAUUUGGAUAUGUCUUCAAAUGGGAAAUCAAUUGGUCUAUCAUUUUUAUCCCCCAAGUUGAGGUUGCUCACAACAAUAAUGUUUCAUAAUCUCUAUCCUCUCUCAAGCACCGGAUAUAUGAAUCUUGGUUGGGCUAUAUUUCUUCAUGACUUGAUUACCGAUGAAGAAAUUGAUGUAUGCUCUCAUAUCUUUCACAUUUUGGUCAAAAUUGCUUAUAGGACGGGCUCAAGGAACUGUCUUCCAUUUUGUUGCCUCAUCACAAAGAUAUUGAAGCUAAAAGGAGUAUCCAUAAUGGAAGAUGAGUUUCCUCAAUCAAAGCAAAGACUAAUAAAAAAUACCACUCUCAAUGCUAUAAAAGGCCAUAUCCGAAAGAAUGUCAAGCAAGAGAGUAAUGCUCCUCAAGGUGAUACAAGCUCUAGCUCACACUCCUACGAUGAGAAGUUGGACAACAUCAUGGCUUCCGUGCAAGACAUAAGCACAAAAUUGUUUGGCCUCACAACUAUCAUGUACUCUCAGCACACCCGAUUUGAGACAAAGUUUUCCUCUCUCCAAACUCAAUUAGAUCAAAUCCAAAGGAAACUAGAAGAAGAUGAUGACUAGCUAUUCCAUGACAAAAAGGGGGAGAUGGUGUUUCUGAUAGGGAGAGAGAGCUAAAUCAAAGGGGCGCAAGCAAUGCAAGAGCAAGCAAUCAAACAACAAGCUCUUCUAGUUUUUCUUUGGUGCUAUUACUAGCCUAUGUUCAUAAAUCAUAUUUUAAGCUUAUGUUAUGUACUUGACUAUGUUUUUAUGUACC